AUGUCCCUCCGGAGACGAGUCCGGUCCGCCGCCACCUCCCCCCUGCGCCGCUUGGAGACUGAGGAGACGGAAAGAAAAAGACAUUUAAAGCCGGGGCGGCCGAUGGAGCUCGCCCGGGCCAGACACCACAGCGACCCCGGGAGCGCAGCGGCCGCUCUCCCGUCGGAGCCCUGGGAGAAGCGGUCGCCGAGCGGCUUUAAAUGUAUUCCCCUCCCCUCAAAUCGCGACGCGGGCAGCGCUCUCAGCCGCCUUGGCGGCGCCCGCAGGGCUAGUCUCCCAGGGGCCGGGCAGCUUAGGGGUGGACCAGGGAGAGCGAGCGCAGAGCGCGGCUCGCUGGUACCUGGACGCGGGCGAAGGCGAAGAAGCGAGUCCCUCUCUGAACUGGGAGCCCUGCGGACAUUGUUCGUGCUCCAUAGAGCUCGGUCAAAUCUGCGUCCAAGCCGCAGACUUAAUUACCGCGUCGGAGACACGCUUCCUCCCAGCCCCACCUUCUGUUUUUACUGUUCUGCCAGAUCUGCCUUCAGAUUCCUCAGUCAUGAAGCCUCCCAGAGAGGGGUGAGAGCUCUUUUAGGUCUAACUACACCCUGUGAGGAGUGUCCCAAUAUGCCCGUGGCGUUUAACCAGUCUUCGUACACAGUUGCCACAUCAUUUCCUUUCAGCUGCUGCAGGCUACUUGUGAGUCAGAGUACUGAUAUCAUGAGCAGGAAUGACCUGGGUGGAGGAAUAGGGGCACUGGGGAUUUGGAUGCAUGACAGAAGCCCCAAUGCCAAGGGCUUCCAUCCAGCUGCACCUGCGCAUCCCCUGCCAGUCAUCCCCCACCAGCAGUACCCCGCCAGUCAUGAUAUCACAGAAAAUGUGCCCCAGAGCCGGUGGUGCAAGAGGCCUUCAAAGGAGAGUUCACCAGAACAAAACAGCAGUGACCAAGCCAGUCCAGAAUUUGCAUUUCUCCAGCCUGUCCUCAUUGAUGCCCACCCUGGGCAGGAACUGCAGCUGGGACUUGAGCAUUUGCUGUGCUCCCUACUUGGAGGUGACUACUUCCUGGGGCCCCCCACUUCCAGGAUAAAUCUUCAGACAAAAAAGUGCAAACAAAAGGGAAAAGGGGAGCAAAGGGAAAACAGGCCGAAGUGGCUAACCAAGAAACUAAAGAAGAUUCACCUGCAGAAAACGGGGAAAUGAAAACUGAGGAGAGUCCAGCCUCUGAUGAAGCAGGAGAGAAAGAAGCCAAGUCUGAUUAACCAUAUACCAUGUCUUACCAGUGGUCCCUGUGUCCCUUCUUGUACAAUCCAGAGGAAUAUUUUUAUCAACUAUUUUGUAAAUGCAAGUUUUUUAGUAGCUCUAGAAACAUUUUUAAGAAGGAGGGAAUCCCACCUCAUCCCAUUUUUUAAGUGUAAAUGCUUUUUUUUAAGAGGUGAAAUCAUUUGCUGGUUUAUUUUUUGGUACAACUAGAAAAUAGUGUGGGAUAUUGAAUUAUGGGAGGCUUUGACUGUCUCGGGUGUCAGCUUAACAUUCCAUAGAUGGGGGGUUAGUUUUUAUAUCCUAGAAUGUAUAUUAAAUGGCAAUAUGGAGUCAGUCCUGCAUUUAAUGUCUUAA